GGGCAGUUUUGUGAUUAUUGCAAUGCUGCUGAUCCCAGUAAAGCUCACCCGGUAACCAAUGCAAUUGAUGGCACGGAGCGCUGGUGGCAAAGUCCUCCUCUUUCUAUGGGCUUGAAGUACAACGAAGUCAAUGUCACUUUAGAUCUGGGACAGCUCUUCCAUGUUGCCUAUAUCCUUAUCAAGUUUGCAAAUUCUCCUCGUCCAGAUCUCUGGGUCUUAGAAAGAUCAGUGGACUUUGGAAGAACUUACACUCCCUGGCAAUAUUUUGCUCACUCCAAAGCAGAUUGCUUGGAGCGCUUCGGAAAGGAAGCCAACCUUCCGGUGAGGAGGGACAGCGAUGUCCUUUGCACCACAGAGUACUCUCGCAUUCUGCCUCUUGAAAACGGAGAGAUUGUAGUAUCUUUGGUAAAUGGCCGCCCAGGAGCAAAAAACUUCACUUAUUCCCCUAGUCUUCGAGAAUUCACAAAAGCAACAAACAUCCGCCUUCAUUUUCUCAGAACGAAUACACUUCUUGGACACUUGAUAUCGAAAGCUCAACGAGACCCCACUGUAACUCGUAGAUAUUACUACAGUAUAAAGGACAUCAGUAUUGGUGGUCGAUGUGUUUGCCAUGGCCAUGCUGAAGUAUGUAAUGCAAAGAGUGCUGAAAACCAAUACCAGUUUCAGUGUGAAUGUCAGCAUAACACUUGUGGGGAAACCUGUGAUCACUGCUGCCCUGGAUAUAAUCAGAAACAGUGGCAACCUGCAACAGCUGGGAGCACGAAUCUAUGCGAACCCUGCAAUUGCCAUGGACAUGCCAUUGAUUGCUACUAUGAUGCUGAUGUUGAUCAGCGUCGAGAAAGCUUAAACAUCCGUGGGCAUUAUGAAGGUGGAGGAGUCUGCAUUAACUGCCAGCAUAACACAGCUGGUAUUAACUGUGAGAAGUGUGCAAAAGGUUACUAUCGUCCUUACGGUGUUCCAGUGAGAGCUCCUGAUGGCUGUAUACCUUGCAGUUGUAACUUGGAGCAUGCAGAGGGCUGUGAGGAAGGGUCUGGCCGCUGCUUCUGUAAGCAGAAUUUCCAGGGAGAAAACUGUGAACGCUGUGCUGAUGGAUUCUAUGGUUAUCCAUUUUGUGUCCGUAUUCCUGUAUAUCCUUUUACUUCUCCAAAUCCAAGAGAUGCUAUGGCUGGUGACAUAAUCGUGUGCGAAUGUAACUCGGCGGGUACCCAGCCCAAAGUCUGUGAUUUUCUCGGGAGGUGUCUUUGUCGCUCAGGGGUAGCUGGACCUCAGUGUGACGGCUGUCAGCCUGGCCACCGCUCGUUCCCUGCCUGUGAAGCUUGUCGGUGCUCUCCUGACGGUUCCCAGCACGGCACGUGUGAGCCAACAUCGGGGCAGUGCGAGUGUCAAACGGGCGUCACGGGGCGGCGGUGCGACAGGUGCCUUUCUGCAGCCGACAGCUUCCCCUACUGCAAAGGUGUCAACAGCGAAUGUGACCCUUCAGGUAGCAUUGGUUCUCAUUCUGGCUAUUGUCAAUGUCUUCAGCACACUGAAGGUCCUACGUGUAGUAAAUGCAAACCGUUGUACUGGAACCUGGCCAAAGAAAACCCUGAGGGUUGUACAGCAUGCCAGUGUGACGUGAGUGGAACACUAAGUGGAGUCGGAGAAUGUCAUCAGGAAAAUGGGCAUUGUUACUGCAAAUCUAAUGUUUGUGGAGAUUCCUGUGACACUUGUGAAGCUGGUUAUUAUGCUCUUGAAAACAAGAAUUAUUUUGGCUGCCGAGGCUGCCGGUGUGAUGUUGGAGGAUCCCUCAGCCCGGCGUGUGCCGAGCCCUCGGGCGGCUGCCAGUGCCGGGCGCACGUCGUGGGGACGGCCUGUCGGGAGCCUGAAAAAAACUACUUUUUCCCUGAUCUGCACCAGAUGAAGUUUGAGAUUGAAGAUGGUACUACUGUCAAGGGAAAGGAAAUUCGGUUUGGCUAUGAUCCUCAGGAAUUUCCUAGCUUCAGUUGGAGAGGAUAUGCCCGGAUGUCCUCUAUACAAUACCGCUAUGUGUGUGCAAGGUCAUGGAGAAACCAGAAAAAAGGACAGGAUCUCACUAAUCCGAACCCUUUGGCACUGUAUCGCCGUUUGGAUUA